AAGCUAACUUUUUUUAGCUUUUCGCACUUGAACAUUGGCGCCCUCUGCACAGACGCCAGAAUAAACGCUGCCGCCGGUUCCCGGUUCGUUCGCCGCCCGCCAUUGCGAUAACGCUCGCAGUAAACAACUGUAUUUACCUGUAAGGGUGUAAUUUAUUUUACUCAAAAUGUCUGAUGAUGGUUCAACUGCUGUGGAGAAGAAGGGCCGUGGCAGACCUAAAGCCAAUGGAACACAAGCUGAUGCCAAAGCAGAUGCAAGAAAAAGAGGUAGACCAGCAGCGGCUCCAAAAGCUAAGGAGUCAGCUAAGUCCUCUGAUGAUGAGCAAGCACCAGUAGCGAAACGAGGGCGCGGCAGACCCAAGGGAUCCAAGAAAAAGGCGGCAGCUCCUAAAGCAAAGGGUGGCAGCGGAGAAGGCCGAGGGCGAGGUCGGCCGCGCAAGGACGCGCCGCCGCCGCGAAAGGACGCGGCCUCCACCGAGGAGGAGCAAGAUGAUGAAGAAGAGGAUGAGGGCUCCGACCAGUAAAUACUUUGGAUUCUUGACACUACUACACUACACUCGUUCUUAGUGUAAUUUGUUCUUCAAUAUAAGGCGUAAUGUGUCUGUCGAGAUUUGUUCAUUGUGUUGUAGAUGGUUGACCCACUGCAAAUUUCUGCUAACAUAUAGGGAUAUCUCGACGGCAUUGAACUCUUGGAGUCCUGUCAUACCCAGAGUUUAGUCAUGUCAGAAAAAAAAACAUGUUAUGUUUACAUUGUAUGAUAAAAAUCCCCAAAAUGUUUUUGUAACAUUGAAAUUCUCCGACAUUAAUUUAGUUGAAAGAAAUAAAAUUCUAUUCUAACAUGGGUAAGGUUUGGGAUCAGGACUCUCCCUAGAAACGUACAACUUUAAGAUAUAAUUUGUAAGAUCCUUUUUGUAGAUUUAUUGUAAUAGGUAUUGCGUAAUCUGAUUUAUAAUAAGAAAAUUGAAAUCAUAUGACUUUGUAGAUUAAUUCAUUUGACUUCAGAGUCAAGUAUUAUUUUCUAUAAUAAAUAUUUUCAUUUUGAUUUAUUUUUAUUUUUACCCUGAUUUAUUGUACACCAUGAAAUAGUUAUUUGAUGGAAUAUUUUUGGAAUAAUAAUAUUUGUGGUAUUUUUGUCCCUAUUACACGAAGUUAGAGUAUCAUGUAAGUAGUGGUAUGAGUAGAGCUGUUUUGUAUUGUCUUUUAUUUUGUAUUCGGAGCAGACUGAAAAACAAGUUUUAGUCAUUUAUUGAGUGUAUGUGCGUGAAUGUACAAUUUUAGAACAAAAUAUAAAUAAAUCUAUGAAACCCCUUGUGCA